AUGGAGAUACAGAAGAACCUCCUGUUUUGUGACUGCAUUCCUCCAGUGGAAGCUGUAAGCUUCUGGAUGCUGAGAUCCACCCAGAAACCGCUAGCCAAAAAUUCACAGCUGUUGGCUUUGGUGUCGCCUUAUAUUACCAGGCAGGACACUGUUAUGCGGGAAGCCAUCAGCGCUGAACAGAGGCUAGUUGCCACCUUACGGUAUCUGGCAACUGGGAGAAGCUUGCAGGACUUAAAGUUCUCGACGGGCAUCUCCCCCCAGGCUCUGGGCCUCAUAAUCCCAGAUACCUGUUCUGCCAUCAUCCAGGUUCUGCAGGAUGACUAUAUGAGGCUUCCGUCCACGCCACAGGAAUGGCAGACUGUGGCAGCGGAGUUUGAGACGCGUUGGAACUUCCCCAACUGCGGGGGAGCCAUCGACGGAAAGCACGUCCGCAUCGUGCCUCCACCCCGUUCUGGUUCUGAGUUCUACAAUUAUAAGGGGUUCAACAGUAUUGUGCUGAUGGCGGUGGUGUCAGCACAGUACGAAUUUCUGUACGUUGAUGUGGGCAAGAACGGCCGGAUGUCGGAUGGGGGAGCUUUCAGGCAGACUGAGUUCGGGGAACGACUCCAAGACGAAGAUCUUGCAUUGCCACCGGAUGCGGACAACGUGGAAGGACUCCCCUUCGUCUUCUUGGCUGAUGAAGCUUUUGGCCUGGGACCCCAUCUAAUGAGGCCAUUCCCCCAGCGCACCCUCACCCCAGAGAGGAGUGUUUUUAAUUACCGGCUGGCCAGAGCCCGGAGGGUGGUGGAGAAUGCCUUCGGGAUAAUGGCCAGCCGGUUCCGCCUGUUCCUAACCUCGAUCCAUAUGGCGGAGUACAAAUGGAACUAUAUCGUAUUUGCAUGCUGCAUUUUACAUAAUUUUUUGAGACGAAAUUCCACAAACUAUAUGGCCAUGGUUGGGCCUGAGGCUGGACUUAACAAUCCCGAGCAAAUGUUGCCGGGCCUGGAACCUGCCCGUACUGGCUUGCCCCCCCAAAGUGGCCGUGCAGUCCGUGACCAAUAUAUGGAGUAUUUUAUGGGUAGGGGGGCCAUUCCCUCACAAGCCAAUUUGGCUUAGCUUUGUUUUAUCACAUUAUAAAUCAGUGUACCCAAAAAUUUAAA